AUGGGAUCAGCUUGUACUAAAUUUGUAUGUAAGGAUACUCUAGAUUCUGAUUUAAUGAGUUUAGAAUCUAAAAUGAGAACUUUAAAUGAAAUGAGUAAAAGUACAAAAUUUUCUUCUCUUAAAUUGAGUAUUACAUACACUAAUCUCACAAAUUAGAGAGUUUCAGAAACAGAAAUAAGAGAUUAAGAUAAUCCUAUUAACAAAAUCAAUAAAAGUAAAGGAAGAAUGAAAAGUUUUAAUUUUUAAGAAGAUCAUCAACAAUAAUUUUGGCUAUCUCAAGUUUCUCGUGUUACUGAUAGUCCAGUGACUGUAAAAAGUGAAACAAGAAGAAUUAAAAAGAAAAAUAAUCCUUAGCGAGAACUUAUUUAGAUUUAAAAUUUAGAUUUAUCAUUUUAUAUUCAAAGAAUAAGUUACUAAUUAGAGAAUAAUGAAGAACAAUCUUAAAGAAGCAUAUUAAAAUCUCCAUUAAAUAAAAGUUUUAAUUCAUUAUCUGAACAUAAGAAAGUACAUUUCGCUUAAGGUACAAAUUUUAGAUCAAAUAAAUCAUCGCCAUCAAAAAGAACAAAACUUAAUCAUUUGAGAAGAAGUUUAAUUUGAAUCUAUUAUUUUAUGUUUGUAUUAGCAUUAUUUUAUAUUAUUUUUACUAAAAUUCUUAAAUGGGAUCAUGUUAAAUAUAAAGAGUAGAAUCAGAUACUAUAUCCUUAAAAGACUCUUCAUCAAAACGUAUAUAAUCCAAAAAAUCUAAUAAUGUUAAUCAAAAUGUGUAAUCCUCAAAUAUUGAAAAUAAACUUGAAUAAUUAGAUUAAAAAGUUGAAGAUGAAGAUAACUUAUUAACUGUAUAUUCUAGAAUCAAAAAAGACAAGAGAUUAUAUAAUUUUCAAGAAGAAGAAUCUCAAAGAAAAAUAUCUAAUAGAGGUGAUGUUGAAUCUCUCAAAUAAGCCUCAAAUCAAAAACGACGAUUAUUUAGGACUAGUGUUACACAUAGUCAUUUUGAUGAGAGUAACUAAACUUCUUAACCACAUAAUUAAUCUUUAUAAGCAGAAAAAGAUGAUGAUGCCAAAUCAGUCAAAAGCAUAUUAAAAAAAAAUAGUAAAAUAAAAGAUAGUGUGAGUGGUUCUCCAGAAACAAGAUCAGUUCGUUUUGCUAGAGGUACUAUUUUUAGAACAAAAAGUCAACGAUCACUUCGUCAUUCGAAAAAUAAAAAACAUAAUCGACCUGACAUUAAAAUGAAUGAAUCUAUCAACUCUUUUGAACAUAGAAGUCCUAAUUGGAAAAGACAUAGAGAAUAAGAAAGAAUGUAAAUAAUUAAAGUUCCAGCCAUAUUCUCUAUGAAUCAAAAUAUAGGAGUUAAUACUAAACUUUUCCCUUAUUAUUGA